AUGGCUACUGCGUACACCCAUUCAAUCCCUACUCCUCCAUUCUCCCCCCACAAUUACAGGAUGCCCGACGAGACCACAGAGAAUCCCCUCAAAUCGACUAUAAACCUCCUCGAUUCCCUCGUAGCGUUCUACCAACAUGAACGCAUGUGGGUAUACCGCACUCGUGCUAUGCUAGAGGAAGCUUUCCAGAUGCCUCCGCUCCCAGGCCCGCCCCAUCAGCAGUACCUCACCGACCAGCAUGGGAUGCCGAUGGACAUGCGUGUGGACGAUAUGAACGACCCAGGGGCUAUACAGAGUCACCAGUCAACGCGCUGGAUGCGUCGCAAGAGGGGCUUCAAGCUAAGGCUCGACGGCAUCCGCAACAGGCGGAUUAUUUCGACGCAACCAGUCGGCCAGGGGCAGGGGCAAGAGCAUGGGUACGAGGAAUUGCAACCGAGGGAGCGGAUUCUGGAGAUGUUCGAUAAGAUGAUGGAGUCGAGGAUGGAGAGCUGCCAGAGGGUCACCAAGCUCGUGCGGGACGCGAACAGAGCGAACCUCCACGACCGCUGA